UUUCAUCAGCUGUAAACUGUGAUUGUAACUGCAUUUCUAUUUUCAGGUUUGUUUACAUUUUGUGUUUACAUCUUGAGGAAUGCAUCUCCAAGCUGUGUACCGUUUUAAUUUAGUAUUAAUUUAUGGAAUUGCUUUUAUUUGAAUUGCUUGUUUUUCGUGUUAGUGUACUGGAAAGAAAACUGAACAUUUUUGAUUUAGAUACAGAGGUUUAAGCAUUCAUUACUAGAAAUUAGACUAUUUUACGUGCUUCUGAAAAUUUAAAUGCGUCUAUUUACAAGCAGCUGCAUAGUUUUUGCAAUUAUGAAAUUAGCUUCUUGAUACUGAAAUGUAUUAAGAUAAUUAUUUUAUUAAGCAUUAAAAUUUUUCAAUUUCUAUUCCAUUGCUUUGCAAGAAAAGUUUUUGUAAAUUGCAUUACCCCCGUGAUUUUGUUCUAAUAAAAUACUACGUUUAAAAAAAUGAAUUCCACUGAUGAUAGUGAAAACAGUGAGGGAGUGUCGGACACAGAUGAAGAGUGGGAUGAAGAUGUUGUUCUUCCAAACUCACCCCUCUGCGACUAUAUAAAAGAUCUUGAUAUAUCAGAUAGUGACUUAAUGCAAGAGGAGAAUGAACCAGCAGUACAAAGUGAAAUCCUUAUUAAAAAUCUCUCUGACAAAGGACAUCUUUGGAGGUAGAGUAAACACUACAGAUAGACUUCGUCGUCUCCGGUUAAGAAUGAAAGCAGGAGGUUUUCAUGCGUACAUUGUACCAUCCAACGAUGAGCAUCAAAGUGAAUACAUUGCUGACUAUGAUAAAAGAAGAGAAUUUAUUUCAGGUUUCUCUGGAUCUGCAGGAACUGCUGUAGUUCUUGCAAAUGUUGCUGCUUUAUGGACUGACGGUAGAUAUUUUAUUCAGGCGGAAAAAGAAUUAGAUUGCAAUUGGUUGCUGAUGAAAAGAAAUGAAAAAGAUACACCAAAGAUUUCAGAUUGGAUUAUUCAAAAUCUGGAGGCAGGUCAACUUGUUGGUGUUGAUCCAAAACUUAUUCCAUACUCAGAGUGGAUGUUUUUGGAAAGUGUGCUGAAACGAUCGAACAUUUCACUAGCAAAUGAUAACAGCAAUCUGAUUGAUGAUAUCUGGGAUAUUCCUCAGGGAAGGACACCAGAGUCUGUUGCUCAUAUUACUGUGCAUGACAUAAAGUAUGCUGGAAAAUCAUGGGAGGAUAAGAUGAAAGAACUGUUAAAAAUUUUGAAUGCUAAAAAUGUUGAAGGAACUAUAAUAUCUGCAUUAGAUGAGAUUGCUUGGUUGUUUAACCUUAGAGGUCGUGAUGUGCCAUAUACUCCAGUGUUCAAAGCUUAUGCCUUUGUUUCAAUUGCAAAAACAAAAAUUUAUGUAAAGAAACUGAAAGUUACACCAGAGGUGCAGCAACACUUGUGUCCAAAGAGCACAGAGGAAUCUCAGUGUGUUCAAAUAGAGGAGUACAAUCAAGCAUUCCAGGAUAUGAAAAAGAUGAUAAAUGAAAGCAAAAAACUUUUAGUAUCUUCUUCUUCAAGUUAUGCAGUUGUAAAUUUAGUACCUGAGGAUAAAAGGGUUCUCAGUGAUGAAUCACCUCCUUUAUCUACUCUGAAAGUUGUUAAAAACCCUGUUGAAUUAGCUGGAAUGAAAAGGGCAGCUUUAAAAGACUCAGUAGCAAUAGUAGAUUUUAUUGCUAUGCUUGAGAAUCAAGUGAAAGGAGGUAAACACUGGGAUGAGAUAAAAGCUUCUAAAGCAUUAUCGAAAUUCAGACGAGAACAGGAAUCAAACCAAGGUGACAGUUUUGAAACAAUAUCUGCCUUUGGUUCCAAUGCUGCUAUAAUUCAUUACAAACCUCAAGUUUUAACCAAUCGAAACAUCAAUACAAAACAUCUUUACCUUUUAGACACUGGUGGACAAUACUAUGAUGGUACUACAGAUAUCACUCGAACCUUUCACUUCGGUCAACCAGCUGUGGAAGAAAUAGAAGCUUACACCAGAGUACUUAUGGGAGCCAUUGACCUCUUGGCUGCUAUUUUUCCAGAAAAUACAAAAGGAAUAGAUUUGGACAUAAUAGCAAGAAAACAUCUCUAUGAUGUAGGAUUGGACUAUCAGCACGGUACUGGACAUGGCAUUGGAUAUUUCCUCAGCGUGCAUGAAGGUCCUAUUUAUAUUGGUAGAAGACGACAAAAAUUAGGAAGCUCCUUGGAACCAGGAAUGUUUUUGUCAGAUGAACCUGGCUAUUAUGAAGCUGGAAAAUUUGGCAUAAGACUAGAAACGAUGAUGGUAGUUGUGAAUGCUAAUACUCGUCACAGUUUCAAUAACGAAAAAUUCUAUACCUUUGAACCUGUAUCAUUCGUUCCCUUUGAACCAAAGUUGAUUGAUUUACAACUUCUCAGUACAAAGCAGAAAGAAUGGCUAAAUUCAUUCAACACAAAAGUACGCAAUACUGUUGGAAUAGAACUUAAAAAACAGGCACGGGACAGAGGAUUGCGAUGGCUUCUGUCGAAAACAGAGCCUAUUCCAAUUGAUACACCUUGCGAUAAUGCUUCAUCUUCAGUCUAUACAUGCUGCUAUCUAACUGUUCUAUGUUUUAUGAUCCAUAUGUUUCAAAAAUUGUAUUUUCUUAAGUUGUAAAGCUUAUCCAUAAGUAUCAUUACCAUUUUAGAAUGACGAAAGAAUAUAUUUACAUUAACAUUCAUUAAUUUCAAUUUAACUAUUGUUUUUGCCACUUUCAUUUUUAUCAUUGUCACAUUUUUUUUUUAUAAAAUUAGUUUUUCAUAAAUCUUUCCGUUGUGUGAAGAACCCCCUUUAGAAGGAAUCUCUUCCCUUCGCUCUCUGUCUCUGGGCAUUUUAUUGGCUAGUUAAUCCGAAAUUUUGAAUCCAAUGCUUCUCCAGUUGCAUUGAAAGACCUUCCACAAAUGAUUUUGUCUUGCAAUAAUUAUGCAUAUAACUCAAUUGUCUAAAUGAUUCAAUCAGCAUCGUGUAUAUUUUUGCAUAGGAUGCAAUGCAAUGAUCAAAACUUUGUUUUAAAAUUUUUGUUUUCAGACAACAUGAUUAAAAAAAUAUUUUUGCUUUUGUUUAAAACUAAUGUUUGAUAUUUAUUUGUUUGUUGAAAUUAAUGAGUCGUAGUGUCAUUUUAUAUUGAUAGCAAGAUAGUUCGGCUUUUAAUAUCAAUAUUAUUUGAUGAUCUUAAUCAUUGUUUGAUUUCUGUACUUAGUAAAAUAUUCUUUUAGUAAAUAUUCUUUUAGUAAAAAUAUUUUUUAAAAAUGUUGUUUUAUGAAUUCUAAGGGCAGGCUAUUCUACAAUUUGAUAGAAAAAAUUGGAAAUAUAUAUAUUAUUUUAAAUAACAAAGAAUCUUCAAAAGAUACAUCUGUAGAAUUUUAUUCUCCAAAAAAAGUUAUUGUUAUUUGACUUGCAGGUUUGUUUUUUUUAAUUCGCACUGUAAUUGCAAAAUGAGAACAAGGUGAAAAAUUUUCAAAAUAAAAGUAUUUGAGGAAAUACACGUCAAAUUUUAUAAAAUAAAUGUUGCUUUGUGUGAUAUAACUCAAUCUCCACUUCCUUAACUGUUGAGACGAUGUGGUCAAGUUUGGUGUCUGAAGCAAAUAUCAUGGUCAAGAUAAAAAAAUAAUUUGAUGUCAUUGAGUGAAUUAAAUGCCAGAAAUUGAAAUGAGCUGUCCUUAUAACUCAAGUAAUAGAGUCAUGGAUUGAUAUCCUCCAUGAAUGCCAGUCAAAUAUAUUUAUAUAUGUAUGUAUAUAUAUAUAUAUAUAUUUAUAUAGCAACAAUAUGUUUUUAUUACUUCUGUUUGUAGGUUUAGCCUUUUAUAGUACAUGCUAGACAACAGUUACAAACAGAACAAGAAUGUUUUUUAAAAAUGGCACAUUAAUUAUUCUAUUGCUAUCACUAAUUUAAACAUCCUUGUAAAAUAAUAUAAUGAGUAAAAGCAUUUGUGAAACUAACGCAAUUGUUUGAACAAAAAUUGAUAAAUAAAUUUUUUAAAUGUAGUUUUCGUUUUGAGAACAAAACAAAAAAAACCUUUUUAUUUCUGCUUAACUUGUCUAAAAAAUCUUUAGAAGCAUUUAAUUUUCAGUAUAAGUUGAUUUAUGUUAAUAUUGAAAGGAACGAUUUAUGAAUAAAAUUGAUCAUCGGUAA